AUGACGGUUCCGUGGCCUCGAGCGGUGCAACGCUGGGACUUCCUGGGCCCGUGGUGCGCCGCUCUCAAGGGCCGCAUCGAGUACAGCUCCCUCGAGUGCGAAGAGAACUACAUCGACACCGUCAAGCGCUACCUCCAAGUCACUCUCCCCUGUCGCACUGAAGCUACUGAAGAGGGAGGGGAUGAGAACGAACCGGGCAACGACAAUGCUUUCCCAAUUCCCAGUGAAUAUAACUUCCAGUUGAAGCUUCAGAGAGUCCGGGAGGCCCUCGCGUUGCUGGCCGCGGGGGAAGAAGUCAUGGAGAGGAAGCUCCCAGCAGCGUUCGUUCUCUUCCUGGAUAUGGAGGGAGAGCACGUUAAAGAGGAGGAGUUUGACCUCGUCCACUUCUGCGGAGUUCACCAGAGGACGAGUCCAAGUGUGGAAUAUGUGAACGCUUUGGUGAUGACUGCAGCUGUUGGUGAUAACCUCUUGUCGGAGUCGGGCUUGGCGACAGCGCUCGCUCAGAUUCAGAGAGAAGAGAAGAUGGUCAAGGAGCAGUGGGCAGAGUACGAGCAGCAGGUGGGGACGGCACCAGUGACUGCGGGCGAUGGAGACGUUGGCGCGCGCAAAUGUCCGUGCUUCCGACGUGUCGAUAGACUGACAAUGAGCGACACACUGGAAAAUCGGCCGGGGGAGUCGAGGCAAGUGUUCUGCCAGCUCAUGUCAAGUGCUUUCGACAGUAGGCGCCGUUCUUACGAGAAUACAAAGUACCAUUCUGGGUUCAAGAAGGUUUCGGACGUGGCAAACUCGUUCCAGUUUGGGAUGAUUCACCUGGAAUGCGACAUCAAGCUGUUUGAACUCGAUAUGCCAGCGCUGUUCUCCGCCAUCGCAGUCACCCAGACGACCACGGACUUUUCGAUCCAAAUCAUGUCAAAGGUUUAUCAAGAGCCCGAGGGUGUGCAAUUCUGGAAGUGGGUGGCGUACGCAUUCUUUUCGAGACGAGCAAGCGUUCGAUCGUCCAUUGAAUCCCUUACAGUGACGGAUGUUGGACUGCUCUCUCCGGCGGAGGUCGAAGGAUUUACCACCGUUAUGACCUCCAAGCACCCCGAAGAAGAAUUAUUUGGUGUGAAGCCGGGCAAAGCGUCUGGGAAGGAAGCGACUUUGAACGCAGGUGUGCCAAUCAAAUGGCAGUUCGACACGCAGGGGCACGUGCUACCAAACUCGGAGACAACGGCGUUCGAUUCCCCUAUUCGUUUCGUGCGCACGUUCGGUGACAGUGGGAGGACGAAAUGGGUGAACGUUCUCAUUCCAGGUCUGGGUCGUGGUUUCGUUCAGCGAAGUGACCUGGUGUUUUCGCAACAAAACUCGCGCAAGAAGUUACCUCCGAGCAAAGUCAAAGCGUUCACGAUUCGCUUCCACGGAUUUAUGAUGUGGCGACGCCCUGAUCGUCUUCAGGAACUUCUAAAAUCGAUGGGGCCACAGCUGACGUUUUUGAAGAUUGUGUGCCCGGCGGACUCAAUGGACGCGAAUUUGAUUGUUCAACGGUGCCCCAAUUUGCAGGCAAUGGAGUUAUGGACAGGCCACUGCAACGUCGUGUACGAUUUUCGGGAGCUCCAUGAACAAAACCAGCCGCUAUCAGCGUUCAAUUUCGAUGGGUGGACCUACAACGCGCUUACGGGCGACUUGAGUGACCCAAGCAAUCCUCAAAUAUGGCCUAUCCGUCGAGUUCUGGCUCACCGCUUGAAUCCAAGUGAUUUUGGAACUGUUGCGUACGAUCCAAGAAUCAAAGACGAGAUCAGAGCGUACUUGAAGAUGCUGGACAUCAACAAGACUAUCGAAGUUUUAGCAGUGUCGCUGUCGACCCCGUUCCACCACUUCCUCCCGGCUUUGAGAAAGCACCACUUGGAGCCAAUCGAUCGUGUGGUCAAAUUCCCCACGGCGCGCAAGAUCGCGUUUCUCAGCGUCGUGUUCUCGGAUUCAGCACCUACGAACACCAACAAGAAGCAGGAAUUCGACGCCCAAUUCGUCGCUGCCCGCGCAAUUUGCAAGUUGAGUCACAGUAUGAUCUGCACGAUCUUCUCGUUUGCUCAGUCUUUGCGGUCCGAGAAGUACGAUGAAGACUUCGGUGAAGACUACGAGUAA